UUCGAGGGGCGGACUACUCCUGCUACAGGGAGGCGCGCAGGGCAGGUCUCAGGGGCACUUUCAGGGCCUUCCUCACCUCCAGGGUACAGAAUUUGGACUCCAUCGUGAGGUACUCCGACAGAAACUUGCCGGUGGUUAAUACGAAGGGAGAGGUCCUCUUCAACACGUGGCGAGAAAUAUUUUCGGGAACGGGAGGAAUAUUCUCUCAGAAGCCAAGGAUCUUCAGCUUCGAUGGAAAGGAAAUCCUGACCAAUUCUGCCUGGCCGCAGAAGUACAUCUGGCACGGCUCCGACCUCCUCGGCGAGCGCUCCCUCUCCUCGUAUUGCGACGCGUGGAACAGCGAGAGCGGCGACGUCGUGGGUCUCGCCUCGUCGCUCCUGAAGAACCGGCUCCUGUCGCAGGAUCGCCUCGGCUGCCACAACUCGUUCGCCGUCCUGUGCAUCGAAGCCACUAGCCAAGCACGGUAUCGGAGGCGGCGUCACGUGACCUCGCCCGAAGCUGAAAUGAGCCUCGAGCAGUACGAGCAGUUCCUCCGGGGGAUCGACAAGGUGAAGGAGGAGAACUGAGCGGGAGAGGAGGCGUUGGAAGGAUCUUAAUAUUUAAAUAUUCAGUGUACGUUCGUCCUUUUUCUUUAUUUUCCUUUUUUUUUAAAUUCUCGUGACACUUGUUUGAGGAAUGGCGGUUGAUAGCACAAAAAAGGGGAAAAUAGGACAGUUUCAGAUUUCCCGGUGGACUGACGAUGUGACGGAAAACAAAAACGGAGGAGGUGAUCGCUACACAGGAAGAGACGAAGAGAGGGGAAAAUAAAGUUCAUACAGAGAGAAAAAAAAGGGGAGAGAGAAAAUACAGAAGAAAAAUAUAAUAAAAGGAAGAAAUGAAAGAAUAGCGAAAAAUGGUUCCUAUUAUUUUGCGCAUAUUCUCCACUGUUUGAUCUCCCUCCCCCCCCUCAAAAAAAAAAGAACUUUCGCUUCCUCUUUCCCACACUCCAGGACUGGCACUUUUGCUCAAAGGAGGAACUCGAGAAUACCUUAUGUGUUCGACAGCCAAGAGGGUUGGAAUGCGAUGAAGCCAGCCGCUGCUAUACUCCGAAAUAUCCUGAUUAUGAAUUUUACACAUACAUUCAUAUUCUAUUUAUUUUCCCGCAUGUGUCUCUCUUUUGUAGUAAUUUUGAAUUUCAUAUUUGUAUUUCAUCCCCCUGGUCUUUGUUUUCCAUGUAUGUGUCCCCCUUUUUUGGAUAAUAUAUAUGUAUUUUUUUAUCCUUCUUUCCGAACUUACAGGAAGAAUAUCGAGCUGAAUAAACCUCGCCCGAAGUAGGUGAAAGAAAGGUUAAAGAUUUCCUUAUACCGAGUCCCACGUGCACCAUAUCCUAACACACACUU